UAAUAUUAUGUUAAAUUCGCAUAACUAAUACGGCCAUGGCGAUUCCGGGUGAGAAGGCCGUGCUAUACGCAUUCUGGGCGUCUUCGUGCACGUGGCGCGUGCGCGCGGCGCUGGUGGCCAAACGCUUGUCUUUCGAGGAGCGGACCAUCGACAUCGUCAAACAAAAGCAGCAGAAGACUGAGAGCUAUCGCGCCAUCUGCCCUUCGCAGAAGGUCCCGGCCCUUAUCAUAGAUGGUGUGACGCUAGUAGAAUCCAUGACCAUUCUGCAGUACUUAGAAGACACCCGCCCACAGCCGAGCCUGGCGCCCGCCACUCCGCUGCUCAGGGCCCGGAUGAGGGAGAUUGUUGAGACAGUAGUUUCCGGCAUUCAGCCGCUACAAAACGUCGGGCUCCGAGGUUCGUUCGAGAAUGAGGCGCAGUACACGAUGUUCGUCCGUCACUGGACCGAGCGCGGUCUCGAGACGCUGGAAGAGCUGUUGUCGAGAAUCGCACGGGACCGCAUGUACUGCGUCAGCGACCAGCUUACUCAUGCCGAUAUCUGUCUCGUACCUCAAGUCUACAACGCUAUUGGAAGGCACAAGAUAAACAUCAAUACAUAUCCAACGGUCGCAAAAAUUUACGAAGCACUUCUCAAAGACAACGUGUUUGCGGCCACACACCCCGAUAAAGUAAAACUUGGAUCCCAGUAAAAGCGCAUUGCAUUUCAACAUGUUUAAAGAAUGUUAAGUUUCCUAUACCUUUUACAAAACUUUUAUAGUCUUGGCUUGUAUAUUGUAUCAGUGUAAUUGUUAAUCAGCACACAGAUAACCGAAUGGGCGCUUUUAAUAUAUUACCGUGCAACAGUAACAGCAUAUCGCGGCCGUCAACAGCAGUCGGUAAUACGUGCCAUUGACGUGGACAUUCACGGUAAUGUAUAAAAGCGCUUAAUUGUAAUAAAAAUAAAUACUUAUGUUUA